AUGCCCAGCCUGACUCGCCCGAACAAGCUUUCGAGAUAUUCUCAUGAAAAAGUUCACCGUACCAAAGAAGUUGCAGCGAGCAUGAUAAUCCGACAAUUUUGCGCCCGGCAUGGGCGAACCGUACUGGCGCAGUCAUCUCGGAGCGUCAUUCGAGCCUAUGCCACAGAUAUCUCCGUCGACAAUCCUAUGCUUCGUCCGUCAGAACGAGAUCCCAAGCCAACUUCUCAGGUCCCCCGCCAUCUGGAUGAUCCAUUCAGUAUUCUCGACACCGCCAAUCCCCCCCCUUCAUCGGCAAGCAGAAGCAUCGCGGAACAACUAGAGUCACAAGAGCAAUCGAUUCGAUCCCUACAAGCAGAUAUAAAUGCCCACGUCGCGGCCCGAAUCAUGUCCAUUGGCGAACCUCCCCAAAUGUCUCGCUCAUCGGAUUCAAAGUCUUCAGAGUCCAAGACUGAGUCGACCCUUGACUCGCCAUCACGCCGGGAUCCCCUUCCUUUCGCUCACUUGAAAGAAUUAAACCGCUUCCGGCGCUUUACUCAGAAAGAAUCCCGAAAAGGCACACACCUCUCCCAGACGUAUGAUCCGACAAACAUCCUGCGGCAUCCACCGAACGCGGAUGAUCUCACGCUCCCCAUGCUGCUGGCCCACCAAACACAUCUCGGUCAUGCCACCUCGCUAUGGAAUCCGGCCAAUAGCGGCUAUAUCUUUGGCGUACGAGACGGCAUUCACAUCAUCUCCCUUGAUGUGACCUACGCCUACUUGAAACGUGCGGCAAAAGUGGUUCAAGAAGUGGCCAAACGAGGAGGCAUCAUCUUGUUUGUGGGCACCCGCGACAACAUGGAAGAAGUGACGGUGAACUCGGCCAAACUCGGCGGGGGCUACCACAUUUUCCACCGUUGGGUGCCCGGGUCUCUGACGAACGGGCAGCAAAUUCUCGGUUCAUGUGCGGUGAAAGUCGUGGACAUUCACGACCGUGAAUUGCCCGAGUACCGCGGUGUCCUUUCGCAAGGCCACCACCGAGUGAUGCGGCCGGACCUGGUGGUUUGCCUGAAUCCUCUGGAGAAUAAAGUCUGCUUACACGAGUGCGGAUUGUUCAAUGUGCCGACGAUCGGGGUCAUUGACACGGACGCGAAUCCUACCUGGGUGACGUAUCCGAUCCCGGCGAACGACGACUCGUUCCGGUCCGUCGCUCUCAUAGGUGGUGUGCUGGGCCAGGCGGCCAAAGAAGGCCAGACGCAGCGUAUGCAAGCCGCUGCACGAGGCAAUGCAACGUACAGGACGGACCCGGUGUAUGAAGAAUUGGAGUUUGCCAGCCAACUCUCCCAAAUGGACGUUCAAGAGGCGGACAAUUCGAAAGAGUGA